AUGGCUAAUUCGCCUGUAGCUAAUCAAUUUCUGAGAGAUUCGCUGUUUGACCGUGAGAAUUUUCAGAGCCGUGGCUGUGGUUGGGAUCAGGCCCGUGGAAUGUGCUCAGAUCUUUUGGGAAUUUGUAAGGGAGGUUGUAAAGACUUUAGAAGUCGGAAUCAAAUUUCCAACUUGCCAGAUUGUCUUUGUGUUCCUUUAGGUUAUAGCUUUUUGAUGGGAGAAAAACAAAAGUUUAAUUAA